UGUACCCGCACCCCCUUGUAUUAGAUCAUCGUCCCAUCUCCUCUCAUAAUUGUGAUACUGGCACCCAAUAGGUUUCAUCUUUUUUAUAUAAAUAUCAUCAACAGCUUCUUCCUCUAAAAGAUAAAAUAAAAUAAAAAGAAUACUACAAACACUUUACUGAGAUGCCGUCGUCGAAGGCAAUGCUAGCUACGGCGUUAGCCAAGGCAAAUACCGCCGUUCAACUCGACAAUACCCAAUCACAUGCUUUCGCUCGAAAGUACUAUCAAGAAGCAUGUGCUCUUCUAUCACAGCUCGUUAAUAGAGCGUCCAAUGAGGAAGACCGACAAAAGUUGAGAGCAAUUAGGCAAACCUACUUUCUUCGGAUAGAACAGUUGGAGAAUUCGAUACCCGAGGAGUCGUAAAGCAAAAGUGCAAAAAAGAUACCCAUUAUUAAUUUCGGCGAGCAUCAUUCAUGGAGGAUCAUAGGACUUGUAAUGUAAUUACCCCAUUCACUGACUCGGGAAGUCGUGAAGUCGGCUAAAGGGGGCUUAGUGGUGAUAUAUAUGUAGGAUUCGUACAGUUGUGGUACAUUUAAUAAUUGAGGCAUUCUGCUGGGCCUAUUUCUU